CUGUGCACUCACUUUUUUGGGUGCAUUCAAUGCACCCGCCUCAUAAUCGUCAUUCUGAGUAGACGAUUCAUGUGAAGACGAUGUCAAUCAUCCCUUGUAGUAUGAUGAACAAGAACCACAUGAAUUUGUACAAAAAUCAUUCAAGAUUCACUUUAAUUUGAAUGAUUCAGGGUUUAGGAAUUUAGGGUUAGGGUUUACAAUUUGGGAUUUUGGAUUUAGAUUCAAAAUUAAAUGUUAAUAGGUUAGGCUACCCAUUAAAUUUCAAAAUUUGAUGUAUUAUGACCACUUUGGUGCACUGAAUGCACCCAAAAAAGUGAGUGCACCGAAGUAGCCACCAUAGUUAUAAUCUAUGUUGUUCAAUUAUUUUGACUAUAAGUAUAACAAUACUUAUUUUUACAAUAUAGUUAAAUAUGCUUCAAUAAUUUAUCCAUGUAAAUUCAAGAACAAAACAAUCAGUUCUUGCUAAGUUAUAAGUAUUUUUUUAAGGAGGUGUAACAUGCAAUUUAGUUUCAUGGAGAAUCUAUGUCCAUCCUAUUUCUGUAACACUAUAUCAAGUAUUUUGUUGAUAUAAGUCAUUAUACUAACCACUCACCUUAUUAUCUUAAAAUCCUUUUGUUUUAUUAAAAUCUUUCUAGAUUUUCAUUAAUGAGAGUUUGCGAUUACAUUGUCCCUAUUAAUUUGAUUAACAAAAAAACAGACGUCCUAUUAAGGAAAAUCACCGUCUCAUUUCAUUUCAUUUCCGAGUGGGCCAACACAUGUGCUGAUGUGUUGCCUUAUAGAGGGGUGGAGCACCAAGACUCAUUCUUCAUCUCACAAAGGUACCGCAGAAUACUUAUGCAUAUUGUACCAAUCUCCAUAUUAAUCUUCUCCGCCAUUACCAACUUUUGGAUAAUCUGUCGGUAAAACCUUGAUUUAGCUAAUCAUCUCAUAAAAACUUCAACAUCAACCUCUACUUAUGUUUAAGAUUGGACAAAUAAUCACGGUUUGCUCUUUACUAAUUAUCUUUUAAUGUUGAUUUUUCGUAGCCCUUUUAUGCCAAUGAAAAAUUAUGGAACAUUGUUACUUAAAUAUCUUCAUUUGCGAAGAAUGUAAGAAACAAAUGAAUAUUUUUAAAAUUAAAAUAAUCAUAGACCUUGAUAAUUGAUAUAGUGAAUAACCAUUAGUCAGUAGAGUUUUGUUCUUCCUGAAAGAUACAAAGAAAAAAGGUUAAUGUUGCUUGCAAUCUAGUUCACUAAAUAAAGAAUAAAGAAAAAAAUCUUUAGGAUACUUUUGAACAAAGAGGCGAGAUGAUUUUUUGGAGGAAAAAUAAUAAUGCUAAAAUAAGCAGAUUCUUAGGGAUAAAACUGAAAGGUUGAAAAAAUAAAGAGAAUUUUUUCUCUCUUUCUCAAAGCCUUAUUGUCAUAUGUCUUUUAAUGUUUUUAUAGAUUCCUUUCUCCUCGUUCAUCAAAUCUCUAGAUAAUGGGCAAGCUCAUGAUUUGUGUUCAUUUCUCCUUAUGAAGAAUGGAUAGCAAUUUCUUUCGUCUUUCCUUCUGUUCCUUUUGGUCAAUUUGUAUCGUUCGUGUUCUUCGCCAUAUGGCAUGUGAGUCUUCUUUUCCAUCAUUUACCCAUUAUGGUACUUCAUAAAAUGUUUUUUAUUGUUUCCUUUACAUGUUUUGAUUUUCAUUGUCGAGAAGCAAGAAAAGCUUUUUACCAAAAAAAGAAAGCAAGAAAAGCAAUCUAUACUUAUUUGUGAAGGGUUUGUUCUCGACUAUGUUCUGCAUAAUGUGCUCUAUAUUGGUUCGAGCUUGUCAUUUUUGGUUGAAAUAGCAAUGAAAAAGGUGGAAUUGUCCCGCUUGAAAUGAUAUGUAAUGUUUAGAAUAUGUUUUAAUCCGUAUCAACUGUGACGGGGAUCGAAGGAGGAGAAUCAGGACCCUAAAGCCUCAAGGAGAAAUGACAUCGAAACAACAAAUGGUAAUAUCCUCUCUUCCUUGUUAAUUUGAACGUUUUCAAUGCCUUCUUAUUGCUACCGCGGUUGGAUAAGAAUUGUACUUUGGUAAUACAGAGAGAUAUACUUGUUGAUUGUCGUUUAGGGUUAGGAAUUUAUGUACUCGUUUGAGAUUUUGUUCUUGAGAGUUAAGUAGGUCGGUUAUCUGAGACAUUUUUUAGAUAAACUUCAACCCCGUGCACGAAAUGUUGCAACCGAAUUACUAAGAACCAUUGCAUGCAGUAUUGAAAUGUUGCUAAUAUGAUAACUGCUUAGAUAAUGUUCUUGAUAUGUUAAUUACUCAACAACUUGCAUUUAAAGUCUUUUAAAAGGUUGCUUGUGGGUUCUAAUAGUUUGCUCUCUCCAAUCACAGGCUGGUUUCCUCACUAAUUUUCGAAGAUCCUUGCGUCAUCUAUCUACUGUGAGAAAUCCUUGAGAUAGGAUCAGAACAAGGAUAACCCGAGCUUCGUGUCAUUAGAUUUUUCUUCUUCUAAGUUCUUAUGGGUUAGAACCCUAAAUUAAGCAAAUGAAUUCUUUUUACUACACUCAAAGUGAGGUUAUGGGCAAUGUCAAUGAUGUGGAAGAUGAAGUUUUUAAUGCGCAUAUUUCUGAAAUUCUAAUACGAAAAUGCGUGUCUUGUUUUGUGAUAUGUCAUCAGCAAAAUUUCAUAGGUUCUAUUGUUACUGGUUGAAAAUGUUGCCUUUCAUCCAAUGGGCUAACAUCUACCUAAGACGCUUGAGAGUGUUUACACUGGCUGUACUUAUUUACCUUGAUUACAAGACUUUACAACAAAGAGAGAAAUGGACUCGACCAUCUAAAAGAGCAGCUCUAUGGGACAAAGCACACGAGAGGAAUGCCAGACGCCUGCUGAAUGCGAUGAUCGAACUGGAAGGUUUGUGGGUGAAAUUUGGGCAGUACUUAUCGACUCGUGCGGAUGUGCUUCCUCGUGCUUACAUAUCACUUCUCAAACAGCUACAGGAUGCCCUUCCUCCUCGUUCAUUGCAAGAGAUUCACACUACUAUAAAGAAGGAGCUGGGACGGGCCACUGAUGAUCUCUUUUCCUAUUUUGACGAAACCCCUUUAGCAACCGCGUCGAUCGCGCAGGUUCAUCGAGCAACUUUGAUCAGCGGACGAAAAGUGGUUGUAAAAGUUCAGCAUCGAGGCAUAAAAACUGUUAUACUCGAGGAUUUGAAGAAUGCUAAAGCAAUUAUUGACUGGAUAGCAUGGGCAGAGCCACAAUACAACUUCAAUCCCGUGAUUGAUGAGUGGUGCAGAGAAGCUCCAAAAGAGCUUGAUUUCAACCAUGAAGCUGAGAACACUAAAACAGUGGCUAAAAAUCUAGGAUGCAAGAACAAGGAUGAUAACAAAAAACAAGACAGUAAAGUGGAUGUUCUUAUCCCAGAGGUGAUUGAGUCCAGUGAGAGGGUUCUGGUUUUGGAGUACAUGGACGGGAUUCGUUUGAAUGAUCAUGUCGCUUUGGAAGCUGCUGGUGUUACUAAACAGAGAAUCGUUGAAGAAAUUACACGUGCUUAUGCUCAUCAAAUAUAUAUCGACGGAAUGUUCAACGGUGAUCCCCAUCCUGGAAAUUUCUUGGUUAGCAAGGAAGCUCCCCAUCGUCCAAUCUUGCUGGACUUUGGAUUGACAAAGAAACUGUCGAACACCCUGAAACAGGCACUGGCAAAACUGUUCCUUGCAUCUGUCGAAGGUGACCAUGUGGCUCUUUUGUCUGCUUUGUCAGAAAUGGGUCUCAAGCUUCGCUUGGACGUCCCAGAGCAAGCAAUGGAGGCAGCUAAUGUGUUCUUCCGUACUGCAAAUCCAGCUAAUGAUCCUACCGCAAAUAUGAGAUCUUUGUCUGCACAAAGAUCAAGGCAUAUGAAGGUGGUCCAGGAAAAGAUGAAACUGAACCAGAAAGAAGCUAAGCGGUUUAAUCCAAUCGAUGCAUUUCCCGGCGACAUUGUCAUAUUCGGUCGGGUGCUUAAUCUUCUCAGAGGACUUUCAUCCACUCUGAAUGUUCGCAUAGUAUACCAUGAAAUCAUGAGACCGUUUGCUGAACAUGCAUUACAAGGGUCAGUUCUUCACAAGGCACCAGCAGAAAGUACAGAAUGGAUCCAUGACACACCGAUUCAUUCUGACGUGGAGGUCAAGUUAAGGCAGCUGUUGGUCGAGCUUGGGAAAGAGGAGAAGAUACUUGGAAUCCAGGUUUGUGCUUAUAAAGAUGGCAAGGUCAUUAUUGAUACGGCUGCUGGAGUACUUGGGAGAUACGACCCUCGCCCAGUUCAACUAGAUAGCCUCUUCCCAGUUUUCUCUGCAACAAAGGGUGUCACAGCUGGUUUACUGCACUGGCUUGCGGAUAACGGAAAACUCAAGCUUGACGACAAUGUCGUGAAGAUCUGGCCAGAAUUCGGAAAGAAAGGAAAAGAGGUUAUCAAGGUCAAUCACGUUCUUAACCAUACAUCUGGUUUGCAUAAUGCUAUGGCCAAUCUCAGAGGUGGAAAUCCCUUGUCAUUGUGUGAUUGGAAAGACUGCCUCAAUCAAAUUGCAGAGGCAGAACCCGAGACAGAACCCGGGCAGAAGCAGUUGUAUCACUAUCUUUCUUAUGGUUGGCUAUGUGGUGGGAUUAUUGAGAAUGCUUCCAGGAAGACAUUUCAGGAGAUUCUUGAAGAAGCAGUUGUUAAACCCCUCAAUAUUGAAGGCGAGCUAUACGUCGGAAUACCUCCUGGUGUGGAAUCCAGACUUGCCAGCCUCACGUUAGACACAAAUGAUAUGAGCAAGCUGCCACAGGUCACCAACCGUCUCGAUCUACCUUCAACGUUCCAACCGGACAUGGCUGGCCAUUUACUGGCUGCCAUUCCUGCUCUGUUCAACACAUUGAUGGCUCGUCGUGCCAUUAUUCCUGCAGCGAAUGGACAUUGCUCGGCUCGCGCUCUUGCACGAUACUACGCAGCUCUUGUCGAUGGUGGCAUUGUACCACCUCUACAUUCCUCUUCAUCACAUGAUCCACCUCUUGGAAGCCACCCCCACAUCCCCAAAUUAGGCGGCAUGAAGAAGAAAUCCUCCAAACCGAAAGGAAAGAGACGCAUUCGAGCGGUCUAUCCUUUGAAGAACAAAUCGAACGGAGACGAUGAGAAAAGUGACACUACUGCUAGGAAGCCUCGACAGAACCACAGUUACACCAAGCUGGAUGAGGAAAAUUGCAGUAGUGAUGAUGGUCACGGGGAGUUACUUGGAAGUGGGGCAACUCGUAUGUAUAGUAACCCUAGGAUUCAUGAAGCAUUCUUAGGCAUUGGAGAGGAGCAUGGUAGGUUGGCUUUGGCAAAUGGGGCAUUUGGGUUAGGUUUUAAAAGGAUGAAAACCAAGGAUGGGACGAUUGUUGGGUUUGGACACUCUGGGAUGGGUGGGUCGACCGGUUUUUGCUACACGAAGGAUAGGUUUGCCAUAGCAGUGACAGUGAACAAGAUGUCGUUAGGGUAUGCAACUAGGAAGAUCAUCGAGUUGGUUUGUUCCGAGUUGAACCUGCCUUUACCAGAAGAGUUAGAGUCGAGCUUAGGAACGCCUCUAAUUAACUGAGCACAAGGAUAAUUGCCCAUGUACAGACACAACCUUGUAUAUAGUGAACACAUGCACAACUGAUAAUAUGGACCUCAAGUUGGCUAGUCUAUUUAAAGGGGUAACCCAUUUUGUACUCUCCCAAUUAGAACCCUAACUAGGCAACUUUUUAUGAGUUUAAGUUCUUAGCUGGUUUAGCAACCUAUCCCAAUACUCAGUUUUCAAACUGUGCAGUCUUACUUUUAGUGUUCAUUUGUGGGCUACAUUGGAUUGAUUGUUGCACAAGUUAAAGAGCAUUGAACUAUAGUUUGGCUGCUCAACCCUAUUGACUUGUUGUAAGGGUUAAAGAGGAUCGAAGUAUAGUUAGGCUGUUCAACCCUAUUCUCCCUUCGGUUAGACUUGUAAAGUGUCGCUUAACAACGUCAAUCGUUCGAGAUGAACUGUUUCUUGUCCUGAUAUUCAAGCGUUCAUUAAGAAGUUUGUGUAUGAAUCUUCACAAUCCUCAAUAUUAUCAAUUGAUUUAACUACAAGACGUAUAAUACGAAAUCACGAAACGAUUGCCAACACAAAAGUCAAACCCUUAUCUACAUGAUUGAGCAAUAAAAAACAGAGGUGUGG